AUGUCUGGAGCCAACAGUUCCAGCCUGACACCAGGAUUCUUUAWCUUGAAUGGUGUUCCUGGGCUGGAAGCUUCCCACACCUGGAUCUCCCUGCCAUUCUGCCUCAUGUACAUCAUUGCUCUUGUGGGGAAUGUGGGACUCAUCUAUCUCAUCAGUCAYGAGGAGGCCCUGCACCGACCCAUGUACUACUUCCUGGCCCUGCUGGCCUCCACUGAUGUCACCUUGUGUACCACCACUGUGCCCAACAUGCUGUGUAUAUUCUGAUUCAACCUCAAGGAGAUAGACUUUAAUGCCUGCCUGGUCCAGAUGUUUUUUGUCCACAUGUUGACUGAGAUGAAUUCUGGGGUGCUCAUGCUCAUGGCUCUGGACCGCUAUGUGGCCAUCUGCUACCCCUUACGCUAUACCACCAUCCUCACCAAGGCUGGUCUUGCCACUUUCUUGAGGAGUGUGAUGCUCAUCAUCCCAUUCACUUUCCUCACCAAACGCCUGCCCUAUUGCCAGGGCAACCUCAUCCCCAACACGUACUGCGACCACAUGUCUGUGGCCAAGGUGUCCUGUGGCAACGUCAAGGUAAAUGCUAUCUAUGGUCUGAUGGUUGCCCUCCUGAUUGGCAUCUUUGAUAUUUGUUGUAUCUCUGCAUCUUACACUAUGAUUUUGAGGGCUGUAGUGAGCCUGUCAUCAGCAGAUGCUCGUCACAAAGCCUUUAGCACCUGCACAUCUCAUAUCUGUGCCAUCGUGAUCACU